AUGGCUGUGUGUCAGGAUGACCUGACUGAAGAGGAGAGAAGGAUUAUCAGCGGAGUUCUACAACGCGCUGAGCAGUUGGACACACAGGAGCAGCAACGCAUCGGGCGUUUGGAGCAGCAGUUGGUCAGUGUGCGGCUAGCUGCUCGUGGGGACGGUGUGUCCAGCUGCCUGCUGUGUGCGGCUCCCUUCAGCUCCAGGGGCUCGGCUGCUGCAGCCUGCAACCAAUGCACAAAGCGGACUGGAGGUUUGGGGGCGGUGUGGUUCUGCAGGAUCUGCUGUGAGGAAGAGGAGGUUUCGAGGAGAUCUGGAGCCUGGUUCUACCGGGGACAGACUAGGCAGGCGUUCUCACCGCCUCCACCUGUCCUAGCGCCUGCAGACUCCAGUACCCUGACCAGAUACCCAGGAGCCGCCACUCACACAGACCCAGACGACCCACCCAUAGACCCCACAGCGCCCCCUACAGGCACAGUAGCCCCAGCCACAGACUCCAGGGUCCAGAGUCACCCCCCUGCUGGGACAGAGUCGCCUGUGAGUCGCCCAGGGGCCGUGCAUGGAGAGCGCGCACGUGAGGAGCACAUAGGUCAGGAGCGUGCACGUGAGGAGUGUGCACACUUGCCUGAUGCCCAAGAAAUGAGACCUCAUGAACAGGUCACAGAUUUUCAACAGCAUGUCCGAGCUGCAUCAGAGAUAGAGUACCAUGGCAACACUCAGUCAGAGAUGCGAAAAGUUGGAGACUCCACUCCGAUCACAGGACAAGGUGACCCCCUCCUGGCAGAAGCGUCUCCAUCCCUGCCUGUGUUGCCAGGGAAACAGAGCCACGCCCCUGCUUCAGGCCCACCGCCACCACCGCCCGCUACCGAGGAUGCCGACAGCGACGACUCAGACGACACCCCAACUCUGGGCUGUUUGGAGUUCAGUCUGCUGUAUGAAGGGGAGACCAGUAGUCUACACUGCAGCAUCAUCAAAGCCAAGGGCCUGAAGCCAAUGGACUCCAAUGGGCUGGCAGACCCCUACGUCAAGCUGCACCUGCUGCCUGGGGCCAGUAAGGCCAACAAGCUGCGCACUAAAACAAAGAAGAAUACGCUGAACCCCGUCUGGAACGAAACUCUAGUGUACCACGGCAUCACUGGUGAUGACCUGCAGCGACGAACACUCAGGCUGUCAGUGAGUGAUGAAGACAGGUUUGGGCAUAACGAAUUCAUCGGCGAGACCAGAGUCGCUCUGAAGAAGCUCAACCACAACCAGAAGAAGGACUUCAGUGUGUGUCUGGAGAGGGUCAUCCCGAUUAAGAGGACAGCCGUUGGUGGUUCUAUCCGGGGCAUGGCGCUAUAUGAUGACACGGUGACGGUGGGGGCGGAGGCGGAGGCAGAAGAAAGAGGGCGUGUUCUGGUGUCUCUGACGUACAGCAGCAAGAAAGGGGAGCUUCAGGUGGGAGUCAUCCGCUGUGCUCACCUGAUCGCCAUGGACGCCAACGGCUACUCUGACCCCUUCAUCAAGAUUUGCUUGCAGCCUGACAUGGGGAAGAAGGGCAAACGGAAGACUCAGAUAAAGAAGAAGACCCUGAACCCUGAGUUUAAUGAGGAAUUCAGCUUCGAGGUCAAACACGGUGACCUGGCCAAGAAGACGCUGGACAUCUCCGUGUGGGACUACGAUCGCGGGUCAUCUAACGAUUUCAUCGGCGGUUGUCAGCUGGGCAUCUCUGCUAAAGGGGAAUGUCUGAAGCACUGGUACGAGUGUCUGAAGAACAAAGACCAGCGGAUUGAGCGCUGGCACGUGCUCCUCAACAACCAGCAGCCGCUCAGUGACUGAGAAGUCCUCUCCCUACAACCUCAGCGACUGAGAAGUCCUCUUCCUACAACCUCAGUGACUGUGUCAUUCAGUGUCAUUCCUCAGAUAAUAUAUAUAUAAGACCGAUCUCCUUAAUUAGUGAUUUGGGAAUCAAAGCAGUUUGCGGACAGUCAUGUUUUUGGUGUAUUUUGUGAACACUUUGAACAGAACAUGAAGACUUUUUCAGUUAAACGGUAGCAAUGUCAUGGCUUAAGCCUGCAUUCCAAAAACAGCGGCCAUUUUGGUUUUAACUGCACGGCUUUAAUUUGUCGUCUCAUCAAAUACAGCAAGAUGUUUUUUUUGUUUCGACUUUUGUAAAGUGACCUUGAGUUUGAGAAAGGUGUUGUAUAAAUGUAAUUUUAUUUGUUGAAAUAAUUAUUAUUAUUUAUGUGCAGUUACUUAUGAUGUAAUUAUUGCGUAAUCAUCAAUGGUAAUAAUCAAAUGAUAACCCAGAGAUGGAUAUGAAUGAUAACAUUGUUUUAAUCUUUAACUAGAACUGAUAUCUAAUUAAGUCUGGUGACUAAAACAGCAACCAGUGUCACUCUGCUAGAAUAAUAAACGUGAGAUUGUUGUGAAAUUAUUCUGAACUGAAUAAUCAGUUAACGUAGAAGCCUGAUUAGAUUUCACAUACUGUAGAUCCGAUAAACCGAUUCUUUUAAUUUUUUUCCCGUACCGACAGCACUCGGUGUGACCUUCUCCUCUAACUCUGUGCCAUGAUGCUUAUGAAGGGUUUGCCUUUCUCACUCUCUUAACUCUUUCUACUAUCUUGUCUCUGCCUUAUUUAUGCCCCUCCAGCAUCCGUGUGGAGAGAGUGAGAGUGGAGAUGGCUAACACAGUAGUGUAUAGAUGAAGAGGCAUCAGUGUGGAGAAAGUGAGAGUGGUGAUGGCUAUCAGGGGAGCAUGUAGAUGAUGAGGCAGAGAAGCAUGUCAUAUGACUGAGAUAAGAUAUAAGACAGCGUUGUUUAAAGGUGAGAAAGUAAACGAUGACGCCACUAAAGAGGGGAAAGGUGAUGGAGAUUUUGUAACAAGAUACUACUGUCUUACCUUUACUACGAGCAUUGAAUGGGCCACCUUCAAGUCAGGGUCAGUCAAGGUCAAAACUUACCCAACGUCUGUAUUUUACUUUAAUUAAUUAAUUUAUUUAUUUAUUUAUUUAUUUUCCUUUACCUGGUGAGUCCCAUUGAGAUCUUACAUCUCUUCUUCAACGAAGCCCUGAGCCCCCAAAAGUAAAAAUACACUAAGAGCAACAACAGAAAAGGUAUCCAAUACCAAUACAGGACAAACAGAAUGGUGUACAAUAAUGAGCAGUCCAGACACAGCCAUGUAUUUUACAGUAUAUCACCGUGAUGCAUGUAUAUUGUCGAGGUCAUGCCAGGACAGCAACGUCAGAUUUUGGUGACACUGUCAUGUCGGGCCGUUUUACCACCGCAAAUGUGUAUUUCUCUCGGUGAACCAAACGCCUUGUCAUCCAUUAUCCCUUACAUCAAGCAUGUACUGUAUAUCGUGGAGAUCAUUUUACAUCAAGCAUGUAUUUCAUGGAGAUCCCAGCACUCAGCUGUGGUCACUUUGGUCACUUGUUUUCGCUGUGUUGGCUGUUAUGAUGUGUAUGUUGGUCUUGCUGUUCACUUCAAAAACUACAAGUUCUAAUAAAU